ACAACAACACAUGCCAAUCGCAUUUCCACGUUACGCAGCGGGCCUUCAGAGCAAAAAUCGAGUAUCCUGAAUCGCGCGGAUACAAUCAAUUCAACGACGCAAACUUCAUACAGUCAAAUCCAUCGCCAAAACAGGCGCACGCUUCACUAUGCCUGUCUCGAUCCUACCACCAAGCGCACCUCUCCCUCCACGUCGCGAUGCCAAAGAUGAGGACGAAGAUUCCGAUGUUGAGAUGGACGAUGAAGAUCUUGCGACAUCCACGUCAAAAGCCAUUGUAACACCCGGCGAGCACAUCACCAGCGACCCGCAAUGGAUGCGCGGCCACGGCACUUACAUUCCCUCGAUCCCACCUUCUUCCACCACGAUAAUAUCUACCGUUGCGGGUACACUUCAAAAGACGAAUAAGCUGCUAUCAGUACAGCCACUGCGAGCGCGCUACCAGCCCGAGAUAGGCGAUCUAGUAGUUGGACGUAUAGUGACGGUGGGCACAAAGAAAUGGAAUGUAGACAUUGCAGCGCCGAUGCUUGCAAACCUUCCUUUGAGUAGUAUCAAUCUUCCAGGUGGUGUUCUAAGGCGCAGGACAACGGUUGAUGAGCUAAACAUCCGGACAUUCUUCCAGGAAGGCGAUUUGCUGGUCGCCGAAGUGCAGAGUUUGCACCAGGACGGGACAGCAAGCUUACACACGCGAUCGCUGAAAUACGGAAAACUCCGAAACGGCUUGUUCACAAGUUUGACUGGCGCUGGUGGUGGUAUACUAUCGAGGAAAGGUGGAGUUGUUAGGUCGCGAAGACAGGUCUUUACGCUUAAUACAGCUGCGGGAGAGAUCGAUAUUGUGCUCGGCGUCAACGGGUACAUAUUCAUCAGCAAACACAUCACAACGAAUGCAGAUCCUAAGGAAAUGGGUAUCAAUCGACUGGACGAGAGCGUCACCGAGACGCUGUAUUCGAGCCAAAACGACGAUAUCGAGCCGGCAGUCAUGCGCGAAAUCACGAGAGUCAGCACGCUGAUCUGGGGCCUAGUCGCAUGUGGUGCCAAGGUCGAUGAGGAUAUGAUUGUAAAGGUUUACGAGGGUGCGGUGGAGCUGGAAGCUGAAGAGAAUAGUCUGGGCGGUGUCGAGCGGGGAAUCGGUGCAAAGGGCAUUGUGGAAACCGUACUGGGCCGGCUUGAAGCGGAAGCGCAGAUGCAUCUUGAAUGAAGCGAGCCCUGAUCGACAGGAACCAACACCGACCACAUCGCAAGUGCGAAUACGUCUCGGAAACCACCGGGCAAGCAUCGCGGAUCACAUAGCCCCAACGCGAUACCCAACGCCCAGACGCAUAUAUCCGUAAAUACAAUCAUAGAUCAAGGGGCCAAGGAUACGAUUAGAUGAUUAGUUUGGUAGUGUACACUCCUCAUGAUACGAACACAUUACCAUCCC